AUGGCGCAAGCUCAACCUGUGCUGAGCAAUAAAGACAAUGCGUUGUUCAGACAGCUCGUCCGUCACUUUGAAAACAAGCAAUACAAGAAAGGCCUAAAAGCUGCCGAGCAGAUCCUCCGAAAAGCUCCCAACCAUGCUGAUACGCAAGCGAUGAAGGCGCUGAUACUGGGUUCUCAAGGGCACAUUGAGGAAGCUUUUGCCCUCGCCAAAAUCGCCCUGAACAACAACAUGAAGUCCCACGUAUGCUGGCAUGUCUACGGUCUGUUGUACCGGCAAGAGAAGAACUUUGACGAAGCCAUCAAAGCAUACAAGUUCGCCUUGAGACUAGACCCUGACUCGGCACCCAUACAAAGAGAUUUAGCUCAUCUUCAGAUACAGAUGCGGGAUUUUGAAGGGUAUAUUCAGAGCCGGAAAAACAUGCUUCAACAAAAGCCAGGUUUUAGGCAAAACUGGACCGCUCUAGCAAUCGCGCAUCAUCUCGCCGGAAACUACGAAGACGCCGAAAAUGUCCUCACUACCUACGAAGAAACCUUGAAAACAAAGCCCACCCGGGCCGACUUGGAACACUGGGAGGCUGUACUAUACAAGAAUUACAUCAUUGCAGAGUCUGGGGAGGUGGAAAAGGCGCUUGAUCACUUGGAGGCUGUUGGAAAGAAAAGUCCCGAUGUGCUGGGAGUGAUGGAAAUGCGAGCGAAUUACCUGGGCCGUUUAGGGCGAAAGAGCGAAGCCGAGGCAGCCUACGCUGCUUUAUUGGACCGAAACCCAGACGACUCAAAUUACUACGAUGGCUGGAUAGAAGCCAAAGGGCUGAAAGAUGGUUCUGCUUCUGACAUCAAGAAGGCCUACGACGAACUAGCAACGAAAUACCCCCGAGCAGAUCUCCCUCUCCGAAGACCACUGGAUGUUCUCUCUGGCGACGAUUUCAGACAGGCGGCAGACUCAUACUUGCAGAGAAUGCUGAAGAGAGGGAUACCAUCAACUUUCGCCAACAUUAAGCACUUGUACACUGACACUUCGAAACGAGACAUCGUUGAAGAAUUGGUCGAAGGUUAUGCUGCAGGGAAGGUAGACGCGCAAACCAAUGGUGCCACAAACGGUGACAGUAAAGACCAGUCACGAUUUCAAUCUUCGGUACUAUACUUCCUGGCGCAACAUUAUAAUUACAAGCUCAGUCGGAAUCUGGACAAGGCUCUUGAUUAUGCGGACAAAUGCAUCGAGCUGGACCCAAAAUCAGUUGAUUUCCAUUCCGUCAAAGCCCGAAGCUACAAGCACAAGGGCGAUCUCGCCAAAGCAGCCGAAAUCAUGGACCAAGCACGAGCGCUGGACGAGAAGGAUCGAGCCAUCAACACAAAGUCGGCUAAAUACUAUCUACGGGCAGACCAGAAUGACAAAGCACUGGAAAUCGCCAGUAAAUUCACCCAGAACAGGACUGGCGGACCGUUAGGCGACCUCAUCGACAUGCAAGCUGUGUGGUAUUUGACGGAAGAUGGCAAGUCCUAUCUACGGCAACGAAAACUCGGCCUCGCUCUCAAACGAUUCCAUCAGAUUCUCGCGAUAUUCGAUGUCUGGCAAGAUGACCAGUUUGAUUUUCACAACUUCUCGCUCAGGAAGGGAAUGAUCCGGGCGUACGUGGACAUGUUGCGCUGGGAAGACCAACUGCGCGAGCAUCCGUUCUACUCAAACAUGGCCAUCAGCGCAGUCAAAGCAUAUCUCCUGCUGUUCGACAAUCCGGACCUCGUUCACGGUCCCAUCAUGGAUGUUAACGGCACUGGCAAGAGCGAAAUGAGUGCCGCGGAUCGUAAGAAGGCACUUAAGAAGGCCAAGCGUGAACAGGAGAAGAUGGAAAAGGCCGAGGCGGAGAAGAAGGCUGCCCUGAAGGCGUCCAAGCCGUUACCGAAGAGUGAGGAGCCUGAUCCCAAGAAGGAGGAUGUGGACCCCUUUGGGAAGACGCUGCUCGAGACCAAGGAGCCCCUGAAGGACGCGAUGAAGUUCCUCGCUCCCUUGCUCGAAUACUCUCCGCAACUUGUUGAGGCCCAGUGUGUGGGCUUCGAGGUGUACCUGAGGCGGAAGAAGUACCUCCUCGCAACGAAGUGUCUGUUAAGCAUCAACAAGCUCAAACCUGGCUCGGACCAAGUCUCCGAGUAUAAGGCUCAGCUGAAGAAGGUGCUGUCCGAGAAGCCAGAAGGACUGUCUGGCAAGGUGGCUGAAAUCAUCCAGUCCGAGGCUGGUGAGCUUUUGAAGUGA